AUGACAAUCCUUCCUUUGAGCUCAACGCCCGGGAGGAAUACGCCCAACCAGCAGACCUCGUCCUAUUUUCCUUCACAAGACGCCGGGCCGACGAUUGGCAUCCCAGGGCAGAACAGCGGUGCAUUUGGUAGACGAAAGUCGGAUGGAGGACAUGCCUUUGGCUUUGGAGGGUCCAACAGCAGCAGUGGACGGGUUCAUCGUGGAGGUAUCAACGGAGGGGGGGUCUCCAACUUUGUCCCUCUCUUCCUGAGGCGACUCUUUCGAAACAUAUACCGUAAUAUCCACUAUCACAAACAAACCAAGAACCAAUGGGCAAGAGAUGAUCCUGCAUUCAUGGUGAUUCUCUCGGGACUCUUGGGUUGUUCGGCGGUUGUAUGGGGUUUGGUGUACGGACAUGGAAUGAUCGGAAUCCUUCGCAUGAGCCUCUACAUGGUCUUUGUGGACUUUGUGGUCAUUGGAGUGAUCGUGGCGACCGUUUGCUGGGCGAGCGUGUACUCAACGGAUCAGUCAGUGGAGUGGCAAUACGCGUUCGACAUUCACUGCAACGCGUUCAUGCCUGUGAUUGUACUCUUGUACAUCAUUCAGUUGGUGUUCAUGAAGAUUUUGCUCAAGGACGCUUGGAUCUGCACCCUGCUCGGGAACACCCUCUACAUGACGGCGAUUGUUUACUACUGCUACAUCACCUUCCUUGGGUACAAUGCUCUUCCAUUCUUGAGACACCCAGAGAUGUUCUUAUACCCAAUUACCAUCUUUGCGAUCGUCUACGUGAUCGCCCUCAUCCUCGGCAUCAACAUCAGCUCCAAGGUCCUCUUUCUAUACUUUGGGUAA